CGCGCGUCCUACUGAAUUCAUUGUUCUUCUUGAAAAUAGCGUUUGGUUUGGUGUUUUUUCUUUGUGUAAACUACAAUGCCCAAAGUGCGAAGAAGCAGAAAACAACCUCCGGAAGGAUGGGAACUCAUCGAACCCACGCUAGAAGAGCUGGAGCAAAAAAUGCGCGAAGCCGAAACGGAACCACACGAAGGAAAACGAAUAACGGAGUCGCUAUGGCCCAUCUUCAAAAUACAUCAUCAGAAGUCGCGUUACAUCUACGACCUGUUCUAUCGCCGAAAAGCUAUCAGCAGGGAGUUGUACGAUUACUGCUUGAAGGAAAAGAUUGCGGACGGUAACCUGAUAGCGAAGUGGAAAAAGUCAGGGUACGAGAACCUCUGCUGCCUGCGCUGCAUACAGACCAGGGACACAAACUUUGGCACGAACUGUAUCUGCCGGGUGCCGAAGUCGAAGCUUGAAGAGGGACGAGUUGUCGAGUGUGUGCAUUGCGGAUGUCGAGGCUGCUCAGGAUAAAGGAAGUGUGCCGGCUGUCUCUAGUUUUAAAAUUGCAUGUAACUGACCAAGCUCUUAAAUCUUCUCUUGAUUAAAAUU